AUCUCUCUCCAUCGAAUUGAAAAUCGGAAACAGACGACGACGACAAAGAUGAUUAGCUCCAUGGGUCUCAAGCCGCUCGGCGGCCUGCGAACGCGCGCCUCGAUGGCCAGCACAAUGCUUCGCGGAGGGCCCGGCGCGGCACAGAAGCGCUUCCUCUCGAUUCACGAGUACCUCUCUAUGGACCUGCUGAACAAGUACGGCAUCGCGACCCCUCGCUCUAUUCCCGCCAAGUCGCCCGAGGAGGCCUUCAAGGCCGCCCAGUCCUUUGGCGGAAAAGGCAUGGUCAUCAAGGCUCAGGUCCUGGCCGGUGGAAGAGGAAAGGGUCACUUUGACUCGGGCCUCCAGGGUGGUGUGCACCUCAUCAAGACGCCUGAGGAGGCGCGCGACUACGCCUCCAAGAUGAUCGGCAACAAGCUCAUCACCAAGCAGACGGGCGAAGCUGGCCGCAUCUGCAACGCCGUCAUGCUCGCAGAGGCCCGGCCACCGGCGCACGAGUACUACGUCGCCCUGCUCAACGACCGCGCCUCGCAGCUUCCUGUCCUCAUUGCGUCCAACCAGGGCGGUAUGUCUAUCGAGGACGUCGCCGCUGAGAACCCUGAUGCGAUCAUCACGACGCCCAUCGACUUUGAAAAGGGCCUCGAGCAAAGCAAGGCCCUCGAGAUUGCCAAGAAGCUCGGCUUCAGCAGCGAGAAGCAGGAGAAGCAGGCGGCAGACACCUUUGUCAAGCUCUACAAGCUUUUCAAGGAGAAGGAUGCCACCCAGGUCGAGAUCAACCCCAUGGCCGAGAGCAAGGACGGCGAGGUGCUGUGCAUGGACGCCAAGCUGGGCUUUGACGACAACGCCGUCGAGUUCAGGCAGCCAGACAUUGCCGAGCUGAGGGACCCCACGCAGGAAGAUGCGGACGAGGUUGAGGCUGGUAAGAAGGGCCUCAACUUCAUCAAGCUCGACGGUGACAUUGGCUGCCUUGUUAACGGCGCUGGUCUUGCUAUGGCUACCAUGGACGUCGUCAAGCUCAACGGCGGCAACCCGGCCAACUUCCUCGACAUUGGUGGAGGUGCGGACGCAGAAGCCAUGAAGCUGGCCUUCAAGCUCCUCCUCUCUGCUAAGCCCAAGGCUCUCUUCGUGAACGUGUUCGGCGGUAUCGUCUCGAGCGGCAAGGUGGCCGAGUCUCUCGUCGAGGCUGCCAAGUCGAUUGCCGAUGACGUCAACAUUGACAUUGUCGCUCGUCUCCGUGGCAACCAGGAGGCCGACGCAAAGAAGGUCAUUGAGGGCUUUGGCUCGAGCAGCGGUGUCAAGAUCCACCCUGUCUUUGACCUCGACGAAGCGGCGCAGCUCGCCGUCAAGCUUGCUGCUGCCCGAGGUUAAGCAUCACAGCAAGAAUCUUGUGCACAGACUUAGAGAAUGAUAGCAAUGAAAGGGCAAGGAUUGUUGAUUUUUGUGAGAGAAAGGAGAAGAGAGGACUAUGC